UCAUUUACUAGCUAUAUGUUCUCAUUUUCAUUCGUCAUUUCUUUAACAUUUUGUGGAAAUGUCAUUGACAAAGUGUUUUGUCACCAACAGUUUGUAGUUAAACUUGCAUGUUCAGUCUCAGCACUUACCAGCAUAUCUGACCUGUUUUUUGGCUUUAUGUGUGUGAUUCUCCCAUUUGGUUUUAUUUCAGUCUCUUACAUGAAGAUUUUGUGGGUUUGUCUAAUUGUGUCAAAAGAAAGCAAACAAAAAGUCUUAACAACCUGCACACCUCAGAUUGUAUCAUUGUCAAACAUUUUUGUCUACGCCAUUUUUAAUUAUGUGGGAUCCAGCCUGGAUGUUGACUAUUUACCAGGUAAAGUCCGCGUUAUUUUAUCCUUAUAUAUCCAUAUACUUCAACCAAUGAUCACCCCCUUCAUGUACGGACUUUACCUGCCCAAAAUAAGACAAUCGUGUAAAAGACUUCUGUUUGGUAGAAAAUAAACUUGUUGGAUAUUUUAGUAUGACACCACAUAGUUCUAUUGACCCUGUGUCCUGGGGAUUAUCAGCAUGGAUAUUGAAAUCUUAACAAUAACAAAAGUCAAAUUCAGUACACGUUAUAGACAGUAAACUAAUAACAAGAAACAAAGAAGGUUGCACAAUAUUUGUUUGGUCUGCAAAUGUUUAUGAAUAAAGCCUGAGUGGAUGUCAGAGCUCGCAUUUAGUAAAAUCAUUAAAUAAAAUAGCAACUCCCUCCCUUUCUUAUGCGCUCUUUUCGUGUAUCGUGUAAAAGACUUCUGCUUGGUAGAAAAU